AUGACGACAAAUAGCCACUUUGCCGGCGCCAGUGCCAAUCUGUCGUCGGCGGACUUCGAACACGGAGUACAAAUCAUCGACGGAGACAAGACUUUCAAUCCAAAUCUGCCUCAAUAUCUCCAGAUAGAAAAUGUGGUGCGCGCGGGCUUUAAUUACCAUGUCAUUGCCGUGUUCGGUAGCCAGAGCACGGGUAAAAGCACCCUCCUGAACUACCUCUUCGGCACUCAGUUUGGCGUGAUGAGCGAGAAAGAGCGACGGCAGACUACAAAAGGCAUCUGGAUGUCCAAGAACAAGAAGGAGCACACUGGCGCUGAUGGAGUCAAAACAAUGGCAGAAAACAUAUUGGUCAUGGAUGUUGAAGGUACCGAUGGACGUGAAAGAGGAGAGGACCAAGAUUUCGAACGCAAGAGUGCACUAUUUGCCUUGGCCACCAGCGAAGUACUCAUCGUCAACAUUUGGGAGCAUCAGGUUGGUCUGUAUCAGGGCGCCAACAUGGGACUUUUGAAGACCGUCUUCGAAGUGAACGUGCAACUUUUCCUCAAGGACGCGAAGAGUGUACCGCGCAGUCUGCUCUUCUUCGUCAUUCGUGACCAUAUCGGGACUACACCCUUGGAAAACUUGAAGAAUACACUCAUGCAGGACCUGUCACGGAUAUGGCAAUCGCUUUCGAAGCCAUCAGCAUUAGAGAAAAGCAGGAUUGAAGACUAUUUUGAUUUCGCGUUCGUCGCACUCCCACACAAGCUCCUACAGCCAGAGAAAUUCGAGCAGGCUGUCGCGCAGCUAGGAACACGAUUCCGAGAGGGCUUUAGUGAUUCCAAGUCAGGUCCCCACGAAGGCGACUCCUCAGCGCUUCUGUUGCCUCAAUAUCAUCGAAGGAUCCCGGCCGAUGGCUUUCCGAUGUACGCAGAAGGCAUCUGGGAGCAAAUUGACAACAACAAGGAUCUGGAUCUGCCGACGCAACAAGAAUUGCUAGCUCAAUUCCGUUGCGACGAGAUUGCGAAGGAAGUCCUUGCGCUCUUCGAUGAAGUCGUGUUGCCCUUAGAGCAUUCGCAAGCCGAUGGCAUUGCUGCUGGAAAGCCAAUCAUUCUUCUUGAAUUGGGAAAGAUGAUGGUUUCUGCAAGACAAACAGCGCUUCAAGGAUUUGAGGAGGAAGCGAGCCGUUACCACAAGGGAGUGUACAAGCGCAAGCAAUCCGAGCUCGAGACUGUUAUUGAUGGUAGACUGAAGGUGCUCUUCCUCGGGCAACUUAGUGCUGCGCACAAGAGCGGGGUUGCUGAGUUCAGUGAAGCUGUCAGCACAGCCGUCAAGGCUGGCCAGAAGAAAGGGGCCAAUUACGACUUUCAUGAAAUCGUCGAAACGGAGAAAAGGCUGGCAUUGCAACGAUACGAAGAACAAGCGACUCUUGCAUUGGUAGCUGGUACGCCCUGGAGUGACUACAAGCAGCAGCUGGCUCUUUAUCGCAAAGACCUUGACGAAGUGAGCUCGCGGCUGCGACAAGAUGAGAUGCGCCGCCUGGCGACGAGAAGCGAGCGCUGGGUGCGCAGCAAGCUGGGCGAGAGCAUCGGAGUGGAAUUCAAUAAACUUGGAUCUGGCCGUGCAGGUGGCGGAGCUCCAGCCGAUGGUAAGAAGCCACCAGAGCGCGACCUUUGGGAUCGCAUCUGGAAUGUCUUUACGGACACGGUGUCGCACGCCGAGACGCGAUUCACCGAACGAGCUCGCAGCUUCGAUGCCACGCCUGAUGAAGUCGAGGUUGGCUUGUGGCGACUCCGUCGCAAGUCCUGGGGCGCACUCCGCGAUAAGGUAGAUGAAGAACUUAUGGAGGGCAAUCUCCUGCUCAAGUUGCGUGAAUUCUUCGAAGACAAAUUCCGUUAUGAUGAGGAAGGCGUUCCGCGGAUCUGGCGACCGACCGAUGAUAUCGAAGGGCUGUACACGCGUGCUCGUGAAAGCACUCUCGAGCUCGUUCCUUUGCUUGCCAAGUUUCGAUUAUCCAGCACGACCGCGUCGCCUCCACUCGAUGCAUGGAUCAGUGAACCGCCAGCCACCGUCUCGACUGCCGACGAAGAGGAUUUGCAGCCCAUCGGCGGCGUUGACUCUGACGAGGGCAAGACGCUCGAAGAGGAGAUGACCAUGUUGAGUGAUGCUAAGCAACAGGACUUGUCAGCACGGUUCAAGAAGACAGCAGAUGGCGUAUAUGUCGAAGCGAAGCGAAGCGCCAUUGGAGGUGUUACUCAGGUGCCUCUUUACUUUUACGGACUGUUGCUUGCUCUCGGUUGGAACGAGCUGGUUGCAGUGCUUCGCAACCCUGUCUACUUCAUCUUCCUCAUACUUCUCGGCGCUGGCGCCUAUGUCACAUACACUCUCAACCUAUGGGGCCCGAUGCUUCGCAUGACCAACGCUGCAAGCACACAAGGUCUUGAAAUCUUCAAGGAGAAGUUACGUGAAUUUCUUGAAACCUCUGAGACAGGCCGACAAGCUAUCGGCAUGAGUCAAAAGGCGGGCGGGCCAUCUUUCCGUAUGGACACUCUGCAUAGCAAUGGCACGACCAAGGCGAAGGCAUCCAGCGCCGAUGACGACGUUGACGAGAUCUGA